AGGGAAAAGGCGGAGAGCGCGGAGCGGGUCCGUCUGAGGACAGCUGAAGCGCUGCUGGAGCCGGCGGAGAGGAGUGUCUGUCAGCGGACUAACGGCAUUAAACAGCCUGACUUCCUAAGGGCGAAGGACCGCGAACGUACAGUGACCAUGAGUUUUGCACAGAACCACCCAAGUGUUUGAUCCAUGGCCACAGCCCAGACCCUGCCUCUGACCUGCGCCUCCAGUAAAUCAUUCAGAGAUACCCUUUCCUCGGAGCCGUUCGGCUACACGAUGGGAAGCGUGGGCAGCCUGGUCGACAAGUCGGACACGUCGUCCCCAGAGAGGUCGAGUGGAGUGCGUUCGGGGUCCCGGGGCGGGACCCGGUCACAUGACGGUCUUCUAAAGAAGGGGCUUGCUCAGCGUGAGCUUCUCAACUACCUGAACAUCACCAAGAAGGAACCCAAAGCCGGCAAGCACAUUUUCUCUGGCAUCACCUCCAUUAAGAGGGAGCAUGGGAGUGAGGAGGAGAACAUCUACACCAAGGUCUACCACAAGGACGGCAAGGAGGUGGACGUGGGAAAAAAUUCACUGCCCGUGGGGGGCAAGCUUGAGAAGUCUCGUUUAAGGCCGUCAGCUUUUAAGCUGGUCACACCCAAAAACUUCAGCUCCAUCCAGAACCUCUACCCUGCCAAAGUGGAGGAGCUAGACAAUGGCUUGUCCAAUGGGCUACAUGCGUCCUACGCGAAGGCGGCACCCAUAGCUGCCUCCACCUCCUCUGCCUCCUCGUCACCUUCCCGCCACAACCCCGGCACAAGAAAACACUUGGUGGCAGGCUCUGGACCCAGCCAAGAAGAGGAAAACAUGUCCGACUCCGGCCACCAUUCCCUGAGCAGCCUGCCUCCAUACCGGCCUCCAUUCCGACCCCACCUGGGCCAGAUCAGCGCCUCAACGGGCCACAUCAACUGCAUUGGCUCCCUGGACCGGUCUGCGGGGCCAGCCCGCGGUGGGACCUCCACAGCUGGCGAGUUGUCGUGCCGCAGCAUGGCCACGUUGAGCCGGCUACCGGGCCCCAGUGGGGGCGAGGCUCCGCCCCCUUAUGAGUUCUCCCACUCGCUGGAGGAUGUGGUGCGGGACCUGGAAGACCAGCUGAAGGAGAAGGAGCAUGAGCUGAAGCAGAUGAAGAGGAAUCUGGAUGAGAGCGAGGGGGCCAUAGUGCAGGUGUUUGAAGGCAAGCAGCGUCUGUGGGAGAAGGAAGUGGAGGAGCUGAAGCGGCUGUACGCGGUGCGGUUGCGUCAGACCUCCCAGAAUGCCCAGCGCUCUCAGCGCUCCCUGCAGCUGCAGCUGCAGAAGGCCCAGCAGGAACGGCGGCGGAUGCAGGAGGAUCUGGAAGCCCUGCAGACCGAGUGCCAGGCCCUCAAAGGAGGGGGUGCAGCCUCCUGCGCCCAGGAGCACAACCCCCAGCUGGAGGAGACGCAGUGGGAGGUGUGCCAGAAAUCAGGGGAGAUCUCUCUGCUGAAGCAGCAGCUUCGGGACUCGCAGGCAGAAGUUACACAGAAGCUGAGCGAGAUCUUCCACCUGAAGACACAGCUGCGUGAGACACGUACCGAGAUGCACGCCAAGGACAGCCACAUCGACGCACUGCGGCUGGCCCUGCAGGGGGCUCGCCGAGAUUGGCAGUCCACUACCACCGAGGCCCUAGAGGACGGGAGGCCAGAGGCCCAUGGAGUGCCUCCUAGCAGCGUGGAGGAGCAACUGCGGGCAGAGCUACUGCUGGAGAGGCGGCAGAGUGAGGCACAGGCCGCUGCCUUCGAGGCUGAGCGGCGCAUCUGGCAAACGGAGAAGGACAAAGUGAUUCGUUACCAGAAGGAGCUGCAGGCCAGCUACCUGGAGAUGUACCACAAGAACCAGGCUCUGGAGAUGGAGCUGCGAGAGCUGAGAGGAGGGGGUAAAAGGGAGAGAGGGGCUGGAAACGAGGAAGAGCAGCCUCCCAGGCUGCCCUGGAUAGAGAAGAUUGAGUCUUCUGAAAUCUGACUGUGACUCUCAGUGUGAAUUAGACAAACCAACAGUAGAGUAACCAGUCUGAUCAUUAUUUAAAUUUGAGUUGUUAAAAUAACCUUUAUAUGGCAAUAUUAUUGCUCUAACUACUUGAUUAUUACAUUGCUUUAAUUUGAAUUUCACUCAAAGCAUGUUCAGGUCACCAUCAGCAUAAUGAAAUGUUUUCCUGCAGGAAGGGAGGAGAACUGAAGUACAUGAGUGAGCUAUUUACCUCAGAUUUCUGUUUCCCAAAGAGCCAAAAUGCAAACAAUCAUUUUUUUUGUAUGUUCAAAAAUAGCCUUUGAUUUCUCGUUAUGCUUGUUGCUAUUUGAUGCACUGGUUCCAUUUUAGUGUCACACAAUAGAAAUUUACCCCCCAGCAUUUUUGGAAACUAUAAGCAAUUGUUUCAUCAGUUCUGUAAGAGGAUGGACACUUAUUUAUGAAAUAUGACUAUUAGACAAGUAAGAACAUGUAUACGUCUCUACCUGUAUUUUUUUCCUGCUGCGCACUAGCUUUUUUUUAAUAGUGAUUAUAAGAUAAUGUCAUCUUCCAAAUUGCUGUCAGUUCCCUGUUUAAAGAUGUUCUGCCGCUGUGACCAAAAAGACAAUGAAGAGAAGCAGACACGCGCUGUGUGAAGUUCAGCUCGGUUUAUGUUCUUCCCUAAAGUGAGCGUGGUUCCACUUUAGUGGUCUCAGUCCUAUUAAGUUAAGGAAUAAAAAUGAAGGAGUGUGUGCUCAGAAACAUUUAAGCAAGUGAAAGCAUACGGCCUGCUCUGCCUUCUGUGACCUGCACUCGCAUAAAUCCCGGAAACACGUAAUAUCCUUGGUAACCAGCCCAUCGCAAUUGCAAAAGUUUGGCCGAGUUUAAAAAGCUUGACCAGUUGAGGCGACAGAAACUUCGAAGGUCAGACGGAGCAGCAGCCCAGAAGCAUGCGAACAAUUCACCGAACGUAGCUUAAAGCGGCAUGGAGCAGUUGCCGUGGCCUUCGCAGGCCACCCAGACACGGCAAGUGCUCUCUGCAGCUGCGUCCGUCGCUGCCAAGCCACAUGCGUUCUCACAGUCCAUGCACUGUGCAUUUUAAGCUGCGCCGAAUCCCACAAUACAUGAGGCCGGCCUGCUCUGACAUUACAGUCAGCAAGAGAGUACAGGGUGAAAUCUGAGUUAGCGCCUGGAUAAUACCUGAUGCAUCUCGGGUGUGUCCCCAACGAACAUUAAAAACAAUGUAUUCCUGUUUUUUUGUUUUUUUUUUAAAUCUCCUGCAGUUUUUCCUUUUCAGAGAAUACAGUAUACUGUGAUCCGUGGACCACUACUGAAAUGAAAAACAUAUGUGAAACAUCCCUUUUUGCUUUUCUUAUAUGUUUAGGUCAGGCAUUGGUGUUGAUUGUUAAUAAAUCAAUGUUUCUUUUCUGUUCAGAUUCAUCCAUCUUUCUGAUGUUUCCAUGCUUUGUGAUGGAUGCUGUGCCCUGCCACCUCCGUAACUUGUAAAUUAUUCGGGCCGGAGCUUUUCCUGUGCUCAUUUGCAUCACUAAAGCGUCCGUUUUGUGAUCUGAAUUCCUCGACUCCUCGCAGUUUUGUCAGCAGGGCAUGUUCUGCAGAGAACCAAGCUAAAAUAUUUAACGUGUUGUACUCCUUCAGACCCACAGAAGACUUCCUCCUUAGCAUGGCUGUUACCUCCAGAUUCUCAGACUGCCUGUGCCCAGCUUCAUGGGGAUUGCUGUUUGAAUGCAUUUUCUCCCCAGAGAAAUCUACAAAAAUAUUAAUAAUAAAUCAAAAUAUAGAGAAUACAGAAAUGCAAACGUGCCAAGGAUAUUGUAAGUUUAAGAUUAAUAAAUCCAUUUUCAAACUUG